AUGAGAAUAUUAAAAACACAUGUCUUACUUAGACUUAUAAAUUCAUAUAUAGUAGAUUCUCCUCAACCAGCUAACCUUUCAUAUUUAUGGAAUUUUGGAUCAUUACUAGGAACUUGUUUAGUAUUACAAAUAUUAACAGGGAUAUUCCUUGCAAUGCAUUAUCAACCUCAUGUAGAUUUUGCUUUCAAUUCAGUUGAACAUAUUAUGAGAGAUGUUAACAAUGGAUGGGCAGUAAGAUAUACACAUGCUAAUGUAGCAUCAUUCUUUUUUAUCUUCGUGUAUGCUCUAAAUUAUAAAUUUAUAAAUAGCAAAUUACUAUCUUCAAGAGGAUUAUACUACGGUUCAUAUAAAUCACCUAGAAUACUAGUAUGGACUAUUGGAGUUAUUAUUUUAAUUCUUAUGAUGGCUACAGCUUUCUUGGGUUAUGAACAUAGCCCAAAAUGGUUUAAUAUAAGUAUUUCCUUUGCAAUUAUUUUAAUUCUUGUAUAUUAUACUAUACAAAAUUUAGUUAUAAAAAAUAAGGUAUUAAUAUACCCAAUAGGAAAUAAUAUGAAAAAUACAAAGUAUAAUAAAUUAAAUAAGUCAACAUACUAUUUAAAUAAAAGAAGAUAUAGUACAAUUCCUUCUUCAAAUAAUAGUAUUGAAUUUUCUUAUUCUGAAAGGUUAAAUUCAAUAAUUAAAGAAUUAGGCGGCCUAAGGCCGCCUGUGUAUAUUUUUGAAAACCUAGAUUCAGAAAAUAUUAGAAAACAAAUAUUAAAUGAGACUAAAGGUUUAAGUGGAAUAUACAUGAUAGUUAAUAAAAUAACUAAAGAUUACUAUAUAGGUUCUGCGGCAACUAAUAGAUUUUAUGCUAGAUUCAGCAACCAUCUAAUUUAUUUCAGAGGUAGUAAAAUAGUUAAAUCAGCAGUAAAAAAAUAUAAAUUAAAUAAUUUUGCUUUAAUUAUAUUAGAAUUAUAUCCUAAUAUAGUUACUAAAGAAAAUAAUAAGGAAUUGUUGGAUUUAGAAGAUAAAUAUCUCAAAUUGUUAUUACCUAAUUAUAAUAUUUUAACUGAGGCAGGUUCUAGUUUUGGUUAUAAACAUACUGAAGUUGACCGUCAAAAAAUGAAAGAUAUUUAUACUGACGCAAGACGGGAGAUGGUAGGUAGUUUAAACAGAGGUAAAAAGCUUUCUCCUGAAACAAUAGAGAAAAUGACUUGUAGAGAGAAAGCUUUAAAUAGAUCUCCUAUGUUAGAUGAAAUUAAGAAAAAAUGUAUUGCACAUACAAGACCUGUAGUUUUAUAUAAUCUUAAUGGAACUGUUUACGGUGAAUAUUCUACUAUUUUAGAUGCAGCUAAUUCUAUAAACUGUGGUGAAAAAACUAUUAGAAGAGCACUAAAAACAGAAAAAGGAUUAGUAAAAAGACAAUGA